AUGUAUCCGGACUCGAGCCCAGACUACGAUGACUCCUCGAGCUCGUCUAUCAGCAGCAGCAGCAGUACGAGCAGCACCUGCGCAGCAUCGCCUACCGGAGAUAUCCCCCGGUGUAGCCAGCGAUCUCUAGAUUCACACACGAACGUAUCGUCAAUGGACAGCAACAUGUCGCAGCCUUCGUCAGAAGAGGACGAGAGGAGAAAUAUCAGGAGAGAGAGGAAUAAAGUCGCUGCAGCCAAGUGUCGCAACAGACGAAGGGAGCUCACCGACACCCUGCAAGCCGAAACUGAUCAGCUUGAGGAGGACAAAGAGGCCUUGCAGACAGAGAUCACCCAUCUCCUGAAAGAGAAAGAGAGGCUGGAACAGAUCCUAUCCACCCACCAACCAGCCUGCAAACUAGCCGUCGCUGAGGACGAUGUCGAAAAUGAGAUCGACGAUGACAUUGAAGGUAUUCUACAAGACGCCCCAGAUUCUGCCCAGCUGCUCUCCAUCUUGGAGAAUGCAGACAAACUCCAACUCCCAGAAGGCAAUGCAACAGUAGCGACUGUGUCCAAGGGCCCCUUGUUCCAAGAAAUGGACACCGUCCGCGUCCCAAGCAUCUCCAUCUCUGCCUCGGCCAUCUUGGGUAACUCCAACCUCCUACUGUGCUCCAGUGCUGAGGAAGAACCCAUGGAGGAUCUAGACUUCGACCAGGGUGACCUACAGGACCUGGUCCCCAGCCUGGAACUCAACAUGGCUGUGGCCCCUGAGACCGCCCCGUCCGUUCCCGACAUCGACCUCCUCGGGGGCCCCUUCUGCCUCUCAGACUGGGAGACCCUGUACAAGUCUGUGGCCAAUGAUCUGGAGCCCCUCUGCACCGCCACGAUGAUGUCUUCCAGUGACAGUCCUACAUGUAGCAGUUAUUACCGCUCUGUGUUUUCGUUCAAUUACUCCGAGAUAGAUCAUGUGGCUGAGGAGAAGGGCUGUUGUGAGAUCUCCGAGGGUCUCAAAGGAGUUGUUGGCGGUAGAUCUGAUUUGAUUAACGGUAAUCUCAAUUCUCCCACUCUGUUGGCCUUGUGAAUCUGUUAUGAACUGGUUGAAGAAAUAGGGCCAGUUCCCCACACACAGAUUAAACCAUAGUCUUAUUAAAAAGUAAUAAUAGCAUGUUCAAUAAUGAUUCUCCAUUGAAAGUGCUUUCCUAGUCCAGGACUAGGACUAGAUCUGUGUCCGGUAAACUGGUCCAUGAGGUUGAUAUUGAAUCAAUAAGCUAUGGUCUAUUUAUCUAUCUAUCUAUCCCCUGAUGUUUUGUUAACCUUUAACACCAAAUUAAAUGGUUACUGUGACUGUAACAGUGUUAACUUCUUCCAGAUAUAUUGGUGCACCUGUGAGGGCUGUUCACUCUCUUGAGUAGUGAUGGUGGAAAAAGUACCCAAUUGUCAUACUUAAGUAAAAGUAAAGAUACCUUCAUAGAACAUGAGUCAAGUAAA